GGCAAGCCUGAAACCGUGCAGAAAGCCGGCUUUAUCAAAGGACCGGUGUUCAAAGGCGUCGCUUCCAGCCGCUUUUUGCCCAAAGGCACCAAAACAAAGGUGAACCUUGAGGAGCAAGGAAGACAAAAGGUGUCUUUCAGCUUUAGUUUAACCAAGAAAACCUUACCGAAUCGAUUUCUGACUGGGCUGGGAAACGAGAAACAAAAUGAAACUCCCAACUCCCCAGCGGUUCCCCUUCAGCCUGACUUUAACCCCAAAAGUAAAAUGGACCUGGGGGAUGCCGCUGGUUCAGCCGAGGAGUCUUCACCUCCGAAACCAAAGGUAGAAUUGGGGAAAAUCCAUUUUAAAAAACAUUUGCUCAGCGUCACGGCAAAACCGCCCCUGGCAACGCUGACGCUGCCGGCUGUGACAUCGGUGACGGAACCGGUGACCUCGGCCGUGGAUUUGUCCUCAACGCCACCACCUCCUCCCCCGCCUCCCCCUGCGCCGACGGUGUCACCAGCAGCGGCGAUGCCAGUUCUUGCGGUGCCAGCGUCGCCGCAGCUGCCGGUAACACUGAUGUCCACGCUGUUGCUUUCACCGCCCAUGGAAGCCGACGUCCCCGCGUCGAAGGAGCCAUGCCACGCGGUACCCAAGGAGGCUUUGGAGCCGGACGUCAGGCAGGACGCGGUAUUGCGCAGCUCGGAGGGACGCGUGGCUCAAAACGCGCCCGAGCAGAUGGAAAUGACUCCGCAGAAGGAAGAUUCCCAUAUUGGGAAAGAGGAUGAGGUUUCCGACGGCUCGAAGGGGGCUCCCCUCUGCUCUCGGAGGCAGGGCUCGAAGAGGAAGUUUUCCCAAUCCGACGGCACGCAGCUGGGCUCCGAGUCUGACGAAGAUUCGGUGAGGACCUCCUCCAGCCAGCGGUCGCACGAGCUGAAGGUAUCCAGUACGGAAAAGGAGAGAGACGCCAGGCGAAGCUCCACGUCCCUCAGAGGUGACGACCUGGGGAAGUCCUCCUCGCGCUCCUCCAAGUCGGACCGGGACGAGAAGUACUCGAGCUACUCCAAAUCGGAAAGAGAUUCGCGGUAUUCGUCCUCUCGCUCUCGAUCGGACAGAGAGAGAAGGCGAAGCCGAUCUCAUUCCCGCUCCCGAUCCGAUCGCAGCUCCCGAACCAGCUCUUCCUACUCGAGGUCGGAGCGGUCGCAUUACUACGAGUCCGACCGUAGAUACCACCGGAGCUCCCCGUACAGGGAAAGGUCGAGGUAUUCCCGUUCGUACGCGGACAGCAGGGCGCGGGACAGCUCGGAUUCGGAGGACGAGUACAGGAGGACACAUUCCAGGUCGAGCGACUCGAGGCGGACGUCGUCCCACUCCUCCUCCUACCGAGACUCAAGGACUUCUUACUCCAAGUCGGACAGGGACAGCAAAGUGGAGUCGUCUCACGGUGACACGGAAAGGAGAGGAAGGUCUUCUUCGAAAGCAGAUAGAGAUUCAAAAAGGACUUCAGAAAGUGAAGUAACCAAAAGGUGCUCUCCCCUUGACGAGCUUGGCUAUCGAAAGGGGACAUCCCAUUCUAAGCCCGACAGUAAUGUGAAUUCCUCCCGUUAUAGGUCCACCCCUUCAAAGACCCCUGCACCAAAGCCUGAUAAAUUUAAGAGUUCUUUCUGUUGUACAGAAUCGAGCGAGGAAAUAAAGCAGCAGUCUAAUUCUCUAGAUUUAGAGACCUCUUGUCUAAAAAGCAAUGAGCUCAAGGUGUCCGUUGCGAAAAAGCUGGAAAGGGAAAAGACGCUUUCUCCGUUAAAUCAGCUCAACGAUUCGCCCGCUUUUAAAAAGGCAGACGAGUCGAAGGCGGGUUUGGCGAACUCAGAGCCCGAGGAACCUGUGGGAAACGAACUCCACGACAGCGUUAAGGAGCAAGAAACUUUAUUAAAGAUAAAGCACGAGCAGUUAAGAGCGUGUUUUCCCGCGGAGCUGAGUGUAAAUGGGUCCCUGGAGGGUAGGGCUGAUGGUUUGGCCACUUCCAGUGCCUGCAAAGCGGAGGACGUUGCUGCGCCUUCUGACGACAGCCUGUGUCGAUCCGAAGCGCUGCCUGUCGUGGAGAUGAGUCCAUCGUAUCCGUUGCCGUCAAAUGGGUUUGAGAGCACCUAUGUGUCUCAAGAGCAAGAGCUGGAUGAUUUUCGGGUCCAGUCCAGCGAGUGCAACAGCCUGUUUAGGGAAGGGGAUGCUCCGGUCCCGCAGCGGCAAGGGGAGGUCGUCACUUUGCCCGUCGUGAAUGUAGAUCAUACUCAAGCUGUGCUUCAGAAGCUGGAUGAUGAGGCGACUCCGUGCGACAAAACCAAAGAAGCAGUUUUCUGCUACGUUUCAGACGAUGCCGCCCCUGCUUUGUAUCACUCGGAAGUGGAAAUUGAAGCAGAACCGACGGAUGUCAGCGUUACAUCCGAAACUUUCCUGGACGUGCAGGUGGAGCCGCAGACGGUUACGUGCGGUUACGAGAGCACGGAGGAUCACCCCUCGAAGUCGGUGGGUGAUGAUGAGCACUGUCACCCUUCCCAAAAAAUCAGCCUGGCUGCAGAGAGCUCAAGCAGGGAUUCCUCGCAGGAUGGCGCUUCCCCGAGGCUCAGGUCGGAGCUUCCCGUGCCGGAGGAGCGCGUCUCGUCCAAAUGGGACGUGCCGCCGCCGGAUGGGCACCAGGAGCCGCUCCAGCAUUCGGAGGUCGAAGAGGUGCUGGAGUCGGAUACUCAACGCGUUGCUCUCGUCUUGGCAAAAAGCAAGCUGUCCUUCCAGGAUGAGCAUUCAUACUAUUCGGAGGUGCCGCUGGAGCACCGUGGCAGAGAGGAGGUGGUGGAAGAAAGCGCUGUUUCCACGGAGAGAUUUGGGGCAGAUGAUUUGAGACAUCCCUGUCCCGCUGUAUCAGCUGAGACGGACGAAGGCAACGAGCCCUUGGUGGCUUCGGCUUUUCCGGACGCCUUGUUCCCUUCUUGUGACGUCAUUGUCACUGCAGAAGAAACUGAAACGCUCACUCAAGCCCCGACGUGCGACAGCAGCGGCAACGCCGCCGAGUUCCUUCCUGCGGGCCACAGUUACUAUGACACAGGUGACAGUGACAGCGAGGGAGGCAGUGAUGACAGCGACACGGAAGACUCGGACUCUGACGACGGCACGCCGCGGAAACGGCUGCAGUCGGUGGUGGUGGUGCCCAAAAACUCGACCAUAGCGAUGGAGGAGAGUAGCCCCGGCUCCUCGCGGAGCAGCCAGGGCAACCGGCGCUUCUCUGACCACUGGGACGAUGAGCGGCCGGAGCCCAGCAGGCCUUACUAUGAGGAGAGACCGGAGAAUAUGGCGAGUAAAGGCGGACCGCAAGCAGAGAGUAGAUGUUCUCCUAGAGGGAUGGAGAAAAGCCCAGCGACUUCCACCGAGCUGGGCAGGAAGGAGACGGAGGAGCUGCGGCCGGAUCCCUGCCAGCCGCAGAGUGAUGGCGUUGACAGCACGAGCCAGGCCGACCUGGCGGCGGAUUCCCAGCACAAACCCAACCCGGAUGAGAGGAUGGUGUUGAAGGAGCUGAUGGCUGUUGGUAGACCUGUUGGCCGACAGGAUGAGCAGCCGUUUUGUCUGCCGGAGAGUAUCGAGGGUGCUGAAAAAUCCUGCUACCAGAUGAGCUCCUCCAAGCCGGACAGUAGGCAAGGGAAUGGUGGGCUCAACCAGUCUGGCCUCGGGGACUUCUCCAGGCUGGAUGGGUUUUGUACGGCUGAGGAUGCGGGGAGUUUGAGCUGGGACUUUGCCCAAACGGAGAAGCCGAGUAGCACCUACCAGCAGCCCGAUAGCAGCUUCGGGGUCUACUCAGGCUACGUUUACCAGCCGGGCUCGGGGGUUUACAGUGGCUCUCAGAGUUACUGGCAAGGCAACGGUUACUGGGACGCGAGAUCUGCUCCCAGACCCUCUGCGGUGAGUUACGAACGCAUCCAAGGGCAGGUACCGGAUUCUCUAACGGAGGAUCACGAGGAGUACGAAGAGGACGACCGUUGGGAUCACGACUGCAAACCUCACUUUCCCAGCCCCUCCGAUAAAUGCCAAGCGCCCGGGCAGAAGGAAAAAGGCUCGGUGCAAGCACACGAAAUCAGCAGCAAUUCCACCAAGGAGCCACCGCCGGCUGGGGAGAAGAAGGAGGAGGCGAAGGUUUUGGAGAAAAACGACGCGAAAGAACGAGGUCCACCGAAAAAAAGACGCCCGGAGCUGGAGAGCGACUCAGAGAGCGACGUGGACUCCAGGGAGAAGAAGAAGGUGAAGCUGGAGGGCGAGCAAGCGGAGCCGGCGCCCCAGGACUCUUCCAUGGUCGGGCACUUGUGUAUCAUGGACGACUUCCGAGACCCGCAGCGCUGGAAGGAGUUUGCCAAGCAAGGAAAGAUGCCCUGUUACUUCGACCUUAUCGAGGAGAAUGUCUACUUGACGGAGAGGUAA